GCGAGACAGAGAAUCGAGGACACUGAAAAGCGCUGGGCUCGCCCGACGUCUCCACAAUUGGUGCUUGCUUCCCCUCACUCCCUCUGCAAGACUGGGAACCCAAAAGGCUGCUGACUCUGCAGAACCGGUCUACUUAGGCAUAAAAUUCGCGUACAGAUGUCUUCUAAGCCGCCCGCGGGGCCAUGACAACCGAGGGAGUUGGGCAAGGAGAUCGUUUUUCUGUCUUUUGUUUCUUCCGAGUUUCUCUUCCCCUUCUACUAUCUCAGUUUCGGGUGUUUGUCAGGGAGAAAAGCUUUUACUAAAAGUAGAAACGUCCUUCUUGCAAUCAUAUUCUCUCUUAGAGACUAAGAGCUGGAGCAGAGGGAGAUGAAGGCGAACGUUUUAGAGGACACCCUUCCCUAGCUCAUUGAGAGGAACUUGCAUCUACAGCCAGCAUUGUUUUAAACAAGGCAAAACAAAUUCUCAAAACGUGAAGAACCUUAAUGGCACGCGUGACCACCCCCCCCGGGGGGGGGGAACUUCCUGUUAAACUGUUUGUCCACCUGGUUCAUUGUAGUAAAAACAUCGCUCUGCAUCUUCUCUUUUGUGGCGUUUGAAACCAAUCGGCCUUCAGCAAAAGCAGAGCUGGGUGGCCCUUCAUGGGUUCCACAGGACAUAGGGGUCAGAGAGGAGAACCUUGUUCUGUGUGUGUAGUUGGUGUGUCAAUGCUGCUUUGCAUCUAACAUAACUACACAUUCCGCUCUCCCACCCCACCCCCCACGAGAAGAGACAAGGGGAGUCCUAGCUAGCCACGGGAAGGCCAGAGAGCAUCAUGUCCUCCUUUGAAGACGCUGACACAGAAGAGACCGUGACUUGUCUCCAGUUGACUGUUUAUCAUCCUGGCCAGCUGCAAAGUGGAAUAUUUAAAUCAAUAAGGUUUUGCAACAAAGAGAAAUUUCCUUCUAUUGAAGAGGUGAAAUUUGGACGGAAUUCCAACAUCUGUAGGUAUACUUUUCAGGACAAACAGGUUUCCCGAGUUCAGUUUGCUUUACAGUCAUUUAAACAGUUCAACAGCUCUGUUCUCUCCUUUGAAAUUAAGAACAUGAGUAAGAAGACCAGUUUGAUGGUGGACAAUCAGGAGCUUGGCUACCUCAAUAAAAUGGACUUGCCUUACAAGUGCCUGCUCAGGUUUGGAGAGUAUCAGUUCCUCUUGGAGAAGGAAGAUGGAGAGUCAGUGGAAUCUUUUGAGACUCAGUUUAUCUUGUCUCCAAGACCACUCUUGCAAGAAAACAACUGGCCAACACAGAGUCCUAUACCAGAGGAUGGGGGUUAUUCAUCCUAUUUCACCCAUAGGACUUCUCCUACAGAAAUGGAUGAAAAUGAAUUGUGAACAGAGUCCAAGCGGAGAAACAUGAAGGAUGAGGACAUGUAUGUAGAACCGUGAGAGGCAUUCUACUUCCUAAGAGUCUAUGAGUGUAAGGUAGCACAAAUACCUGCAUGCUGACUUUGGAUUUAGUAAUAGCAUCUGGAAGUCUGUAGAUGGUGUUUGUCAUCAUCUUAGUCAGCUAAGCAUUCUGGAUCUACAAAGAAUUACGUGUAAGGGUUAGUGUAUAAAGCAUGUCUUCUGUGUAGUGUUAUUCUUGUUCCUUUUUCUGCUUGAUGGCACGCCCAUGCUUUGUUUUGGUAACAGCCAUUUCUUGCUUUGGUCACAUCAUUUCACAGCAGCAUUUGGUUUUCAGGUUCAAAGUCAGGGCAGAUUGUUUGCUGGUGUCUGUGGCGUGUUAAUACUUGUAGAGCCACAGUCCUGGGAUGAGCUCUUGCGUACCAUCUGAGUCACUGUGGUUUCAUUAUGGAAAGACUUGAGAAAUAACACCUCCAUAUUCUUUCUAUGGAAUUACAGCGUUUAUCCCUAAAAUGGCAGUUUUGCUUUUCUGUAUGUAGGACCUACAAUUAACAUUUAAAGAACAUCGAGAUUAAAAUUAUUUUCUUUUUUUUUUUCACUUGUUUGGUUAGAGUUACUUACUCCAAGAUAUUUUAUGUUGUUUAUGGCUAUUGUGAAGGGUGAUGUUUCUCUGGUUUAUUUCUCAGGCUAUAUAUUUGUUUAAAAAAAUCAAAUAAAGGAUCACUGUAUGAGGAACCUA